AUGGACUAUAACGCGUGGGGAAACUGCCAACUGACACGAGAGCAGACACUGGGUCUCUACGCCACUACAACAGUGGCCCUAUGGGUCACUGGUAAGCCCAGAUCCUUAUUCCUACUAGUAAAUUUCCUCUUCUCGCUUGCCUACCUAUUCAUUUACCUUAUCAAAUUUCUUACCUACCCAUCUUCCACUAUCUUCCAUCAACUAUACUUAGAAGGGAUUCAUUGUCGCCACUAUUCCUCCAAAUUGGACGUAGAAUUGUCCCAACUUAAGUCAAUUAUUACCCUGUUACCUAAAUUUUUGACAAAAAACAACAACAGGGAGCUAUUAAACAAACGCAAAGACCUUAUAACACUUAUCACCGAUAUAUAUAAUAUAUACUCUUCACUGUAUCUAUAUACCAAUCAUGGGCAAAAAUCAUUGACUAGAGACCAGACCAAGUUAUAUACCCUGCUAAAGUUGACACUGAAAGGACUAGGCAAUAUUCCAUGCAUAAUAAAGGGCAGGGGUAAUAUCAGGACCAAGGUGGCCCAUAUUGACAUAUACGAAGACAUUAACUCCUACACCAAUAUUCAGGUAAAUAAUUUGUGUAAGUUAUUCAAAUGUGAAGAGGUGCCGUAUUUGGAGCCAAGUAAGAAUUCACUACUGGCGACUAGUGGCGAUAUAAAAUUGAACUUUUUGUCAAUGUUUUACUAUGAAAAUGAAGCAUUCACCAAAUUUGUUACCGCCACUUAUAAAGAUGGCUACCUAAUAUUUGAUCUGGACGCCAGUGAAUGUGAUAAUACUGAUAGUUUGAAGGGACAUAUUGAAUGGGUAACAACGGUUUCAACAAUUGCGCAAGAGGUACUGGCAGCAUAUUUUGAGUUUUCGUCUUUGACCCCUAUGCACAUAAUAAUGGGGUUAGUAACUGGGCAAUUUGAUAUGUUGCUGGGUAGCAAUAAGUUGCUAAAGUAUGAGGCAAUAAUGCGUCUAAAAUGCAAGAUUGAGAGGAUUGUUACGGAGGAUUCGGAAAUCGAUUCUUUGUUCUUUCCAUCUGCCGCCCUAAUUGAAAAGAUUAAUGCUAAAAGCAAGCCUAUUAUUCUAGAUGGGGAACAACCGAAAUUUUUUAGGUCUGUUCCCAAAUUUAACCUACCAAGCGAUCGUCGCUGGCUUAAUAUAAUAUCGCUUAUGUUUGGUAGUGAUAUCUACGCUAAAAUGUACGUGGGUAGCUACUACAAGUCAGAAAAUAUCAUGUUACUCUUUUGUCCCAACGCCGUGUACCACGAAAACCUUGUAUUAUACUUUGAAACCAAUAGAUUUUACUACAAAUGUGGCUACUCCGUCUGGGCAUACAAUUAUGCAGGAGUGGGUGAGUCAGUUGGAAUUACCACAUUGAAGCAGGCCAAAAAGGAUGCCUGUAAUAUAGUUAAAUAUAUUAUUUCCGGUCUUGAUGAUGGCCAUCUUUAUAUGUCUGGCCGGUCAAUCGGAGGAUCUGCCUGUGCCGUAGCUGCUGCAACGAUCAGAGACUCAAAGAUAAAACUCGCUAUACUAGAUCGUACACUUGGUGACAUUCAGGGGUUAGCCAGAGAAAUGUAUGGAAAAUGGAUUGAUGUCGGUAUAGCCAUUUACCCGGUACAAGGGCCAUGCCCUAUCCAGUGCUAUAUUUCGGUGGAUAAAAUGGAUAAGUUGUUGGAGUUUGAUCCACACGAUGAAAUAAUUAUGUUACCGUUCAGUUUGGCCUCCAAUGUGGCCGAGGUACUGGUUCAGGCCUUUGACGUGUACAAGGGCAAACGUAUAACUGAAUUAUGGGAACCAAACACAAGGUACUCGAACAUGAUCGCUGCCAGUUAUUCAAGGUUACUCAAAGAAAUGCCAAAGGAGGUUGAGUUUAUUUCCCACGGCUUAAAUGCUUGUGGUUGCAGUUUUUUUGACAUAUAUACCACCUACUACCAUACACCCAUGCUAUAUAGAUCGGCUCUAGAGGCCUUUGUAUCGAUUGGAGCUAUUUGGGGGUCUGUAAAUCCUAUAUCCACAGGCUACAAGUUUAACUUUGAUAAGUACAGGUAUUUUCAAACACAACUGAUCGAAUAUUUAAAAGAAAUGACGACUAGUGUUGGAUGUGGCGAUAUGUUGCCCGUAGAUAGGCAAUUGGUAGUUGACAUGAUGAUAUUUGUAGGCACUUUGAUAAAAAAGCCACAGUUCUACAUUGCGGACGAGACUAUUUUUCUGGAUAUUAAAAGUGUUGAGCCAAUUGAGAGGGAGGAACCCAUGGGAGAUUCUUUCCUAUUUACAGAUAGUGAUAUUGCGUAUUUCACCCCUGGAUUUGGCAAACCAGAUGUUUGGGCUGGGAGGCAGAACAAAUUCGUCGAAUUUUCUGAGGGCUGCGAAUUUGACAUUGGAGAAAUAAGCUUUGACAAAUUUGCCGCCUGGAUGAGAUUGUGGUGGAGGAUCCAAAUUAUGUGCGCCAAGAAACUCCUCAAAGGAAUUGUGGGAAAGAGUGAAAAGCCAAAGUGCAACACCGCAGCCAACGUCCUUUGCACCUUCUUUGAUGAGUUGCUUAUUACUGCUACUGGUAGAUCGUAUGGCGAAGGAGAAGUCAAAAAAUUGGAUAAUUUUGUGUUUAAGGAAGUCUGUGACCUUGAUUCCAAGAGGGGGAAGCUGAUGCCCAUCAGUUGUGGUCACAAUGGGCAUCACUCAGUGAGGGAGAACAGCAUGCUAGCGAUUUACUUGUCGGAGCGCACAAAAUUUUAA